AAGUCUCCAUAAAGAGCAGUUAACAUCAAAGUGUUUGAUGACCGCGAAGGUCUUUGGGGCCGUGUCGUGUCAAAGUUAGCAGGAAACGGCGACUCACGCUUCAUCGUACGGACAAAAACAAAAGUGCCACGGGGACGGGCAAACUUCCGCUCUUCGGACUGAGGGAAUGCCCGCGGGAAUAAUGAGGCGGACGCGCUCGGCAACGGAAGAUCAAGCCACGCAAACGUCUCGGAGAGUCCCGCGUCGGCAAACAAUCGGGCAAUGAGUAAGCGAUCGAGAAGAAGUGGCGGGUGGGACGGGCAACGGCCCCUCAACAAACAAAGUUAGGUUGAGCGGGUUUGCGGCGCCGUGGAGUUCAACACACAGUUGAGCACAGAAACACACUUUAGGAGGGAGAAAUACCACACUGCGCUUGCACUGCGCAAUAACUUGGCCUUCUCGCGCACGACACGGCGCGCUUUGAUGGCCGCGUUGCAUCGUGGGAUGCGGCGGCCAUUUUAGGCGAGCCGUAUCCACGGUUUACGCGAACGAGGCCGUGUUGUCGCGCAGAGCCACAGAGGGCCCGUUCGAACGCCAGAAAGAGGAAGGCGAUUAAAGAUUAAACCGUGGACGAAGGCGGACCCGGGAAGACUUUGCCCUCUCUCGGUGCGGUUCGCACUCGCCGGCUGGGACUCCGGCACGUCUUUGACGGAGGAAACGCAAAAGCAAAAAGUGCGUUUGACGGCUACCUGACAGUCGGGCGAGCGCCGGCAUGGCGGCGGCGGCGGCGGCGGCGGCGGCGGCGGAGGCGAAAGGCGGCGCGAGGCAGACGCGAAGCUCGGCGCUCCGCCCGGGACUCAACCCGGCGGCUCUGGCCUACGCCAUGACCACUUUGGGUUCCACCAUGAUCAACAGCAUAUUCAGCUUCUACUACGUGAAGCUCUUCAUCAACGAGUAUCGGAUAUCCGAGGGCGCUUUCCACCGAUCACAAUUGGUGUACAUGCUGUGGAACGCCAUCAACGAUCCUCUGUUCGGAUACCUGCAAGACAACUCCAAGGCGGCGUGCUGCGCCCAGCGGCGUCUCUCCAUCCUGUACGGCGCCCCGCUGUACGCGGCGGCCUUCCUCAUCGCCUGGUUCCCGUGGCGACCCUACGACCCCGGCGACUGGCUGAGCGGCGUCCACCUGACGGUGGCGCUGUGCGCCUUCGACGGCCUGCUCACCUUCGUGCUGCUGGCUCAGUGCGCCCUCUUCGCCGAGAUCUCCGGCCACCACCGGAACCGACUGAGACUCGUCAAGUAUAGCCAGGUGGCGUCGCUGCUGGGCUCCUCGAGCGUGCUCUUCUGCGGCCUGCUGUCCAAAAACAUGGAGGACUUCGCGGCCUUCCAGGGGUUCACGGUGACGGUGGCCGUCCUGAGCUGCGGCUGCAUGCUCUACACGGGCCUCCGCAGCCGCAGCCAGUUCGACGACAAAGCGUCCGAGGAUCCCCGCGACUCCGAGUGCCCCCCCGCCACGGUGAAAACGCUGACGUGGCAAAUCCUCAUCAACGGGGACUUCCGGCACUUUGUGCUCAUGAACUUUUUCCAGGUCUUCAUGCUGGCUUUCUUUAGUAAUUUCACUCUGAUCUUUGCCGAGCACCUGAUUCCUUCUGAUGUGCUCUCGUCGCUGGCCAGGAGCGUCAUGUACGGCGCCGGAUUCAUUUGCCCUCAGCUGCUGGUGUUGAGCUGCGACAGACUUCUUCACAGCCUCGGCUACUACAGGAUGAUCCUGUACACCUUCUACCUGGAGGUCUUCAUGGGGGCUUUCAUGCUCGCGCUGGGUCCCCAGAACUAUCGUAUCCUGGCAUUGUUCCUCACCCUGAGCAUGGUCUUGGUGCAAGCCACCUUCAGUCUGUUCAGCUUGCCGCUGGCGGAUAUCAUCGACACCGACAUGCAGAAGUACAAGCGCAGCUCCCCGCUGUCCUCGAUGGUGUUCGGGACCAACGCCCUGUUCACCAAGCCCGCGCAGUCUCUGGCGCCGAUGUUGGUCAUCAACAUUCUCAACCAGUUCGGCUAUGAGCAGCUGAAGGAUGCUGGGAGGGACAUCAACCCAAGAGCGUUGGAGAGUCUGCACAGCGUCAUGUUCUACCUGGUGUGUGCGGUGCCCAUGUGCGUCGCUGCCGUGCAAGUCCUGGCUUGGAGGCCCUUCUCCAUACGCAGCAGUCACACCGUGGACAGCAAGUACAUUGACAGCUAGGAACGAUGCCGAGGACGAGGCCUGACCGUCCUCGCUUUGGGGAAAUGAUAUUCACAAGUUACUCGUAAAUGUGUGGCUAUUUAAGAUGAUCGGGGGGUUGAAAUGGUGGGGGAAAUGUGUACAAAACCUGUCAUCUAGCUCCGUGGGAAGAUGUGUGACCCCCAGGCAGACUCCCUAUCUUAACAAUUUCAGUUAAGUCAAAUGUUUGAGCGGAAAAGAUAAAAAAGGGAAGGUCUGGAUGUACAUAGUGACGUUUUCCCACAGUCGGCUUAUUAAUGAGCCUUCUGAGUCCCUGAAGAAUUCCGCAGUCGAAACCCGAGUACAGAUCCCACACCGUACCGUGAAGCUGGUCGACUUCAAGUUGUUGUAUUUUCCAAACGGGACAUAAAGCGCCGCACGUCUCGAAGAGGUCUGACUCGGAAUGGGAACGGAAAACACUUCGUUGACACCUUCUUCGGUGAGUUCCUUCAAAUCAACAGACGUUGUGCUUCGAAGCACAUGCUAAUUACAGUACGAGCAUCUUCUUGGAUUUAGGGUUUAUUGGUUAUGUAUUAUUUUUUUUUGUCUUGAUAAGCUUUUUUUUGGCCUUUUGGGGCAUACGUUCACUCCAAUUUUUUUUAACACUUUAUAUGUUGUAAUUGGUUCAACUUAGGACAUUCCAUUACCAUCCAAUUGGAGAAUAUUCCUUCGAUUGUUUUUUUUUUUUUUUUUUUUUCCCCUAGUCAAAAUGCUAUUCUCUCAAGUCAUUAAAAAUGGGAGCAAUUUCCAAUUUGCCUCAGCUUGAUGUCGAAACGGUAAAUGGAGUGCACUUCAGCCAAGUGGAGCUAAGUUUCCAUUUGCCAAAUUGUGUAAGUCAACAGGUUCUCCCAGGUGCUUGUUGGCGUGCGUGCAGGAGGAAUUCCAAGAUGUUGCACGCGCCAUUUGGAGAUCACAUUACAACGUUACAUCUGCUUACAACUUUAUAUCUGCUUGUACGCAGCCAUUUCGCAGUUUAUCGUGUGUUGUCGUUAAGAAGAGGAACAAAAUGCCAAUGUCAGGCAGGACUGUGCGAAAGGUUAAGUAAGGCCUCCGUUCGCCUUUUUUUUGUUGAUUUCAGCAACACUGUAAUGAGCACACAUCAGAACUACAGCGCCAUUCACUAUCAGCAUUAGCUCCCACAAGGCAACGCUCUAAACCGGAGUGGGGGCAAAAAAAAAAAAAAAAAAAGGGCAACUAGUUUGUGUUUCUGCCUAUUUGGCUUCCUGCUGACGUCGGACAGACGGACUGUACCAUUCGCAUUAAUUAAAUGGGGAAAAUCAA